CUUGCCGCACGUUUAGUCCAGUCUGAAAAUUCAUUGACUUAAUACAAGUACUGCUAUUUUAUUUGUCUUCGGCGCGAUGAACAAGAACUUGUUCCUGCUUUUCAUUCUGUUGCUGGUCACAGCAUGUGUCCUGGCAAGCAGUGGUAGUGAUAGUGACAGCGACAGCGAUAGUGACAGUGGAAGCAGUAAUCGUGAAUAUGACGGCUACUACGGCGGAAAGCAUAAGCACAAGAAACACAAGCAUAACAAGCCAGUUUAUCCAAACGGAUAUCCCCAAUAUCCUCAGUAUCCACCAUAUCCACAAUAUCCGUAUCCGUAUCCCUACAACCAAGGACCUUACAAUCCGCUGCCCAAUUAUCAGAUUGGCACUCCAUACCAACAGCAGCCACAGCCAUAUGUGCCUCCUUCUCCACCUGGAUAUCCGCCUAGUCAGCCACAAGCUCCGUUGCCACAGGCUCCAGUUUAUAAUCCCGGACAGCAAUCGCCGCUGGGGCUUGGCCUUACUCCUGGUCCUAGUCCUGUGCAGCAACAGCCACCAGCUUCUAGUGUUAUCAAUCACUCACUUAAAGUCAAUAAGGAAUACAAAGAAAACUUUAAUAAUCAUGUGGAAUCAAAUGCUGUAUAAAUUGUUAAGCUUAAAAAUGUUAAUUAAUUUUAAAUUUCCGAUGCUUCUUUAAAAAAUUAUUUUAAAAGAAAGAAAUAAAAAUAAGUAUUUCUUUUAUAGGUACA